GGGCUCUGCUCCUAAGAAGACGCUCAUCGCCAACCUCCAAUUGGGCGUGUAUCGUGGCCAGCAGGAACAUGCCACGAUCCCCUUCUCCAAACACCACAUCCGAUCAAUCCCGCUAACUCCCGGGGAUUGCCCAGCCAUGACACCACAUCUUCACCCCAGGUCGCGCAUGACCUCGUCCCUCUUCGCUACGACGCUGAUUGCCAGCUUCUUCGUCGUUGCGCUGCCGCAUGUUCUGCCAUGCCCGGUGCCGCGGACCAAGUACGCCGAUGGGGAGAUUAUCGUCGACGAGAACGGCAGACGGAAGAGAUGGAGGAGCAGGGACGCUAUCGUUGCAAAGGACGGGCUUGUGCAAUUCAGCCAGACGACGGACGACGACUUUGAGCAUGCGGAGGAGCGAGCAAAGAGAGAGUGCCCAGUACCAAAGCCCGGAGGCAUGCUGGGAGAAUGGCUUGGAUUCCACGCCACCAAUGACAAGACGAGGGCAAGCAGAUGACGAUUGAUACCACCCCAAAAAGAACAAUAAAAAGAAACAAACCGAC